CUUAGCUGACUGUAGACCGUGACUGUAGAGAGGUCUAAUACGUGACGACUCGCGUAUAAAAAGUGGUCUGCUAGACUGCAGCUAGACAAAACACACAUCUCUAGACUAAUCGUUUCGUCAAUGCAGUAGGCCUACCUUAGAAAUCGUUUCAAUGGAUAACUUGCCGAAGAGAGUUGAGUUUUGGAAGGACAGAUGGGAUGAUAGACAUAUUGGAUUUCAUCAAGCAGAUGUACACAAGAUGUUGUCUAAACACUUCACUAAACUAAUACCUGAUGGCAAAGCUAACAAGGUUUUCUUCCCUCUUUGUGGCAAAGCUGUUGAUAUGAGCUGGUUAGCCAGCCAAGGCUAUAACAUAGUUGGAGUGGAUGGAGUCAAGAAAGCAUUGGAGGAGUUUUUUACAGACCAAGGCAUUGAAUAUUCUGUUGAGGAUGUUAACCACAAUGGACACAACUUUAAAUUGUUUAAGAGUAAAGAUGGAAAGAUUCGGUUGUACUGUACAGAUAUUUUUAACUUUACUCCUGACAUUGAAGGAACAUUUGAUGCAGUCUGGGACAGGGGAGCUCUGGUUGCACUAAACAGAGAAGAUGUUUCUGGAUAUGUAAAGAACAUGAAGAAACUUCUAAGUCCUAAUGGUAGAAUCUUAAUGGAAGUCAUGGAAUAUGAUGUUUCAAUCAUGGAUGGUCUUGAAGGUCCAAGCAAACCACCCCCACCCCAUCCAAUGUAUGAAGAUCAGAUCAAGGCUUUAUAUGAGCCAGAAUGUGAAGUCCAUUUCAUUGAAAGAGAUGAUCGUCAAAUACAAGGGAGGGAUGUUAAUACUGCAAUUUAUAAUAUUAUCAAGUUGCCUUAAAUGCUAGUAGAUUUAUUAUCUUUAAAAAUGCAUUGUCUUUCUAUUUUCAUGUUUGUUUAACUAUAACAGCACUGCAUCAGAUUACUGACACUUUGAUGAAUGUAUUUUAACCGGGUAUUAUAAUAUUUAGAUCUAUUUUUAUACUGU